AUGUGUCGGUAUGUACAAUUUUCCUUGGCUCCAUGUCCCCUUGUACCCGGCAACUUAUCUACCUUGGUCGAGCUUAACGCAAUUUACCCAAUCUUGCGUGAUCUCUACAUGUAUUGCGUCUUCGCAUAUUGGAACGUUCUGUCGACGAUACCACCGCUGAUUCUGGGCCAUCUAACUCGCCAUUACCCGACUCGGGCUAGGAUUCUCGGGACGACAACAACGUUCCGCUGUGGAAAGACAAUAUACAUCGAAAUCAAUCGCUAACAUUGCCCCUGUGCGCAGCUGGUUCGCCUAUAUCUCUCCGACAGAGCCAUGUCUCCUCGAAGACGUCCUCAUAUCGCCAAAGCACUCUCUGACCAAACAAGUUUCGGACCACUACCUUCCCAAACUCCUGCCUCACGAACAUGACGCCAAUUCGGAGAACGACGUCAAAGCUCGGAAUAUAGUCAACAACUUCGAUGGCCUUGGAGUUGCUUGGUACACUUCCUCCAACGCCGACUUCGAGCGCGGUAAGACCGGCGAGAGCAGCGAUGGGUUGCAGAAAGAAGUGAAGUUUAAUGCGUCCCGCUUCAAGGUCAUUGCUAACAAUCUUCUCAGGGCCUUCGACCUGCCAUGUACAAGACUAUCCAGCCGCCGAGCAACGACAUGAACUUUCUGUCCAUAUGCGCCAACACGGAAACCAGGGUUUGCUUCGGCCAUAUUCGAGCCUCCAGCGGAUCGGCCAUCACUCCCAUCAACAACCACCCCUUUGUGUUUGGCCGGCACACCUUCAUGCACAACGGAGCAGUUAGUGACUUCCUCGAUAUCAAACGAGACGUUGUCAACGAGAUGAGCCGAGAAGUCUAUCCCCACGUCUUAGGAGGCACAGAUUCCGAGUAAGCACCGAUCCUCUUCCUCUCGUCCUCCUACACACGCUCACCAGUUUAGACACAUUGCUGGCCUCUACAUGACCUACCUGACCUCCUCAUCAACCUCCAAAACACCCUUCGAAGAACUCUACCCCAUCCAAGCCAUGGCCGCCUCUCUCCACAAAACAGUAGCAACAGUCCUAGCCUUUCAACAACUACGUCUCGGCGCUCACAAGAAACCAAACUCCCUCAACCUCUGCGUGACAGACGGGGUCCACCUCUUAGCUUACCGCUUCCGCAAUCAUCGAACUUCACAACCGCCCUCCCUCUACUAUUCCACGAAAGCCGGCACCACCCUGAAUCGGAAAUAUCGUGAUUCUCCAGACGGAAUCGAUGCGCCGCAGAGGGAAGUUGGAAUCCCGGAAGAACUUCACGGGAAGCACUUGAUUGUGGCGAGUGAGCCGAGUACGUAUAAGGAAGAAGAUUGGGAAUUGAUUGGAAAGAAUCAGAUCUUGAUUUCCGGACCGGAUGGGGUGUUUACAGUUGAAGAUGUGCCGUACGGACAGGGUUGGGAUGCGGAGGGUUAA